AUGACGUCUGCAAUCCGCCGAUUGUCGGUGGUACACGACAAAGCCGAAGGCAAAGCUUGGCCAGCCAUUGUCAUUGGCUUGUUUGUUGCCUUCGGCGGUAUUCUGUUUGGAUAUGACACAGGUACCAUCGCCGGCAUUAUGGCCAUGCCAUACUGGAAGACCACUUUCUCGACAGGCUACCGCAAUACCCAAGGUGAGCUUGAUGUCUCAUCGUCUCAGGCCUCAGCUGUCGUAUCUAUCCUUUCGGCUGGUACCUUUUUCGGUGCUUUGUCUUCGCCUCUCUUCGCCGACUACAUCGGACGUCGCCUCGCGCUUGUCGCCUCAUCCGUCAUUUUCAUCUUGGGUGUGAUUCUUCAGACGAUAGCUACCAAUUUGCCUCCGUUUCUGGCUGGAAGAUUCUUCGCCGGCUUCGGAGUCGGCGUGUUGUCCGCUGUGGUGCCGCUGUACCAGUCUGAGACUGCUCCGAAAUGGAUCAGAGGUGCCAUCGUCGGCGCCUACCAGCUCGCCAUCACAAUUGGCUUGCUGCUAGCCGCCAUUGUGGACUACUCUACCAAAGAUCGAAACGACACGGGUUCUUAUCGCAUUCCCAUCGCUAUUCAGUUUGCUUGGGCCCUGAUCCUCAUCGGCGGCAUGCUUGUCUUGCCCGAGACGCCUCGCUACCUCAUCAAGAAGGGCCAGUUGGAUAAGGCUGCGAAUGCGCUGAGCAGACUGCGCAGGCUUCCUUCCGAUGCGCCUUCGAUCCAGACUGAGCUACAUGAAAUUGUUGCCAACCACGAAUUCGAGAUGUCUCUUGGCAAGAGUAGCUAUCUCGACUGCUUCCGAGGUCACAUGAUCAAGCGCCAAUUAACUGGUAUGGGACUACAAGCCCUGCAACAGCUGACUGGAAUCAACUUCAUCUUCUACUAUGGCACUCAGUACUUCAAGAACUCCGGCAUCAACAACGCAUUCACGAUCCAGAUGAUUACGUCGAGUAUCAACGUUGUGUCUACCCUUCCUGGUCUAUACGCCGUUGACAAAUUUGGUCGUCGACCGCUGCUUCUGUGGGGCGCUGUGGGCAUGUGCAUAAGCCAGCUGCUUGUAGCAGUCCUGGGCACAUCCACCACUAGUCAGGACUCAUCUGGGAACAUCAUUGUCCACAAUGUCGAUGCGCAGAAGGCUGGCAUUGCUUUCGUCUGUAUUUACAUCUUCUUCUUCGCUUCAACUUGGGGACCUCUCGCCUGGGUCGUAACGGGCGAAAUCUUCCCCUUGAAGUUCCGCGCCAGGAGUUUGAGUAUCACUACGGCCACCAACUGGCUUCUCAACUGGGCCAUUGCCUAUUCGACUCCCUACUUGGUGAAUUAUGGCCCGGGAAAUGCCAACCUGCAGUCUAAGAUCUUCUUCAUCUGGUUCGGCUGCUGCUUCAUCUGCAUUGCCUUUGUCUAUUUUUUCAUCUACGAGACCAAGGGGCUGUCCCUAGAGGAGGUAGACGAGCUUUACACGGAGGUUUCUUCGGCUCGCAUGAGUGCUGCAUGGAGGCCCAAGACCACAUUCAUUCAGCGCCAGAGCAUUGCGCAACAGGGUGGGGUCCAGAAUGGCGAUGAAAAGGGAGACGCGGCACACCAUGACGACAAGCGCUCUGUUGAGAGAGACAGCGUCUGA